UUCCAUCUCCUAAUCAACUACCGCAACUUGAUCCAGAAACAGAAUAUCUCGAUGCAUUGGGAUUAUUUGAUCCUCCAGAAAUUGUUGAGCCUAUUCCAUCCCCAGAAGCUGAGAGAGAAUAUCUCGAAACAUUAGGAAUAUUAGAACCCAUUCCGCAAUUUCAUCAAACUGAUAUUAUUAGCUCUGGAUGCGAAAUAUUAGAUGAUCAUUAUUCAGUUGAGAUGGGAAAAGAAA